UUUGCAAUUUGAAUCUUCACAUGCAGGUGCUCAAGACAGUCCUCCUGGUCGCGACCGUCGUCGCCGGCUGCAGCGAGUUCCGCCUCAACUCGGACCGCAGCGUCCUCUCGGCGCGGACGAUGGACUUCCAAAUCGACCUGGACAGUACCGUCGAGAUCAUUCCACGUGGCACACUUGUCGAAGAGCCCAUCGUCAAAGAUUGCCCCGACUGCGCCGACUACGCCUGGACGACGUCGUAUGGCUACGUCGGCUUCAACAUGUUUGGCGUCAACGUGGCCACAGACGGGCUGAACGAAGCCGGGCUCUCGGCGGCGUGGCUGUACCUCGUCGGUACCCAGUACCCGGUUGUGAACGCAUCCGACCCGCGCCCCGUCGUCACGUCCUUGAUCACGUACAUCCUCGGUAACUUUGCCAGCGUCAUCGACGUCCGCCGCGGCUUGCGCGACGUCCAAGUCGCCGAGUUUGACCCGGUGCUCGGCUCGCUCUUCUCGCACGGCGCCCGCGAGUCGUCGUACCCGCUGCAUGUGGCCGUGCACGACGCCGCGGGUGCGAGCCUCGUGAUCGAGUUCCUCAACGGAACCAUGCACCUGUACGACAACCCGAACGGCGUCAUGACCAACGCGCCGCCGCUGCCAACGCAUCUCGCGACGCUCAAGGCCAACGGCGUCGACACCGUGCCGGGCGGAUACGACUCGAUUGCGCGCUUCCAGCGGCUCUCGGUGCUCAACCACUUUGCCACGCAACCGUACAAUGCCAACACGAGCUACUCGGCGUCGACGUCCGAGCAGGCCGACGUCUCGCUGGCGCUGCACCUCAUCGACACGGUCACGAUCCCAGAGCCAGCGCAGGCCCAUGGCGACGCCACGCAGUACUCUGUCGUCCGCGACCACACGCGCAAGAAGCUGCACUUCAAGUCGACCGAGAACCAAGUGCUUCGCACCAUCGACUUUGGACAGAUUGACUUUAACGAUCCGUCGACGCGCAAGUCGCUGCCCGUGACCUUUGGCAAGUGGUUUGUAGACGUGACGCAGGACGCGCUCGCGUCCAGUGUCCGCUCGAUCGACAUGCCGCCGCGGUCGAUGGUCAUCGCCAAGCUCCACGGCCUCGCGCAGCAGACAGCACAGCUGCACGCCAACCUGGAUACGCUGCCGUCGUACGUACAUCCGGACCGCACGGUCGCGAGCUUCCUCAUGGGCGCCGUCGUCGGUCUCGCAUGCGCGGUGCUCGGCGUCGUCUGCUACCGAGCGUACCGCCACCGCCUCGACCACCACACCAAGGAGUACGUGCACUUGGCCUAAGACUAAGAUACACGUAAAACGAGCGUCAGUUUUGUGUGCA